AUGACUUUGAUCAAUACCGCCAUUGAUCACGACUCCGACAACCUGGUCAUAACUAUAGGCCAUGACACAGACAAGCAAGUGAAGGUGCCAAUUCACCCCAGUGAGGAGUGGCUCAGUGCCAACACCAAAGAAGUUUCGGUCGACAUCUGGGAGUAUAUCACUGACGCCUAUGCUUACACGGAUCCCAAGAUGCUGGCCCUGUUCAAAGAGUUUUUUGGCGAAGACGCUUGUCUUGUCAUGAAGGGUCCCGAGCCAAGGAUAUGCACCGGCAACGGCUCCCCGAAACAACUGGGACGUACAGAAAGCGUCAAUUUCCCGGACGUACUCCCCAUUCAAAUUGCCUCUGAAUCGUCGCUUGCCGAGCUGAACUCGAGAUUGAAGCAGAAAGGCAAGAGUGCAAUUACCAUCGAGCGUUUUCGGCCCAAUAUCAUAAUCAAAGGAGGGGAGCCAUGGUCCGAAGAUUCGUGGAAGACAGUACGAAUCAACGGCGACUCUUCGUACUGGACUACGCUCACAGGCGGCAACCUGCACGCAAUUGACGUUGACGUGGUCGCGAGGUGUGCUCGCUGUACGGUACCCAAUGUCGAUCCCGACACCGCAGAAAAGGAUGCCCACCAGCCUUGGGAUCUGUUGGUCAGUUACCGUAGGGUUGAUGAAGGCAUCAAGUUCAAACCCUGCUUUGGAAUGUUGUGCUGCCCGAGGAACGAAGGAAACAUCGACGUUGGCAUGCGAUUCGAGGUCAUGGAAGUUACCGAUGCGCACAGAUACAUCAAAGGGUUUUAA